AUGUCGUCCGUCAAGAAGUCGGGUUCGCCCGUCGCGGUUUUUCCAGAUGCAACUCCAGUGCCACCUCAGAAACCUCCCAUGUCUGCUUCACCACCUCGCAUACUCAUCAUCGGCGCUGGCUCUCGCGGGCAGGCAUAUGCUAACGCAAAUGAAACUUCCUGCAACGGUAUCGUGGCCGCCGUGGCUGAACCCAUCGCCUACAAGCGGCAAAGCUUCGGUCGAACAUUCAUUUGGGGUUCCAGCACUCCGCAAGAAGGGCAGCAAUUCGCCGACUGGACCGACUUCCUAGCCUAUGAGACACGUCGCCGCGAGAGAGAAGCGGCCGGCGAAGAUGUCCUGCCUGGCGUCGAUGCCGUCUUUAUCUGUGUGCUUGACGAAAUGCAUCGCGAUGUCCUCGUCGGCCUUGCCCCCCUGGGUUUGCACGUCAUGUGCGAGAAACCUCUCGCCACGUCUCUUGCUGAUUGUCUCGAUAUGUAUCAGGCCAUGAAGCCUCCAGCUGGCCAGGAGCCCAAGAACGUCUUCUCUAUCGGCCAUGUCCUUCGUUACAGCCCACACAAUAUGCUACUUCGCAAACUCCUGCUAGAGGAUCGUGUCAUUGGCGAUAUCCUCAAGAUUGUGCAUACAGAGCCGGUUGGUUGGUGGCACUUUACACACUCAUAUGUGCGCGGCAAUUGGCGGAAUCAAAAGACUACGGCACCAAGUCUGUUGACAAAGAGUUGCCACGACAUUGACCUGCUCCUCUGGCUUUUGAGCGCGCCAGUGAAGGCCGGAACAGGCACGCCUCACCUUCCAUCCACUGUAUCGUCAAGUGGUUCGCUUCAGCUCUUCAGGAAAGGUCGCAAGCCCGCCGCGGCCGGGAGUGCGACGAAUUGUAUGACGUGCCCUCUGGGUGACGGGGGCUGCAAAUUCUCAGCCAAGAACAUCUAUCUCGGCUCGGACCUGAAAGGCCUCGCUUCCGGUAACAUGGACUGGCCAGUCAGCAUCGUGCUCCCGGAGAUCGAAGACUUCCCCAUAGCUGAGCGGAGUAAAGUCCUAGCAUCCAAGCUCGCCGAAGAUUACGAUGCUUCCACUCCCAAGGACGUCGUUGCGUCCCGAAACUGGUUUGGUCGUUGUGUUUUCGACGCAGACAACAACGUCUGUGAUGAUCAGACUGUUACCAUCACCUGGGAUGAUGCUACGGACGCAAAUCUAGACGUAACCAAGCAGUCCAAAUCAGCAACCCUGCACAUGGUCGCACAAACGAAGAAGAUUUGCGAGAGAUACACACAUAUAUAUGGCGUUGACGGUGAGAUCUAUGCCGAUGCGCGAACCAUCACCAUAGAGGACUUCAACACUGGUGCGACUCGGUCAUUCCAUCCAACCAUCGAAGAUGCCGGUCACGGCGGUGGAGACAAAGGACUCGCACGUCAAUUCAUCCUGGCGGUAGACAAAGUCAAGAACCACGGCUGGACGCCAGAGAAAGCGCAAAAUGAGUUCAUUGGCUGCUCGCUUGAAGAAGUCAUUCGCUCGCAUGCGAUGGUAUUUGCGGCAGAGGAAGCGCGGACGGGGAAGAAAGUGGUCGACUGGGGGAAGUGGUGGUCACAGAAGGUUGCCAACUCGACAAGUGCUUGA